AUCCGCUGGCAGCGCGGCGAGAUGAUCGGCAAGGGCGCCUUCGGCAGCGUCUACCUGAGCCUGAAUCUGGACACGGGCGAGCUCAUGGCCGUCAAGCACCUCGACUGCGCGGAGGUGUCGAGCCGCGAGCGGUCCGCGCUCGAGAACGAGGUGUCGAUGAUGAAGGGCCUCUGCCACCCGAACAUCGUGCGCUACCUCGGCGUCGACAGCUCCAACGACGCGCUGGCCAUUUUCCUGGAAUACGUGCCCGGCGGGUCGCUGCGGUCGUUGCUGGACAAGUUCGGCAAGCUCGAGGAGGACAUCGUGCGGCUCUACAGCCGGCAGAUCCUGCUGGGCCUCGAGUACCUCCACGGCAACGCCAUCGCCCACCGCGACAUCAAGGCGGCGAACGUGCUCGUGUCCAACGACGGCUCCGUGAAGCUCGCGGACUUUGGGGCGUCGAAGCGCAUGGCCGCGCCGUCGAAUUUGAACGGCGGCGGCGCCGUCGGCGCGCUGCAGACGGGCGGCGCCAAGGGCACGCCCCUCUGGAUGGCGCCCGAGGUCAUCAAGGCCGCGCCCAAGUCCCAGGGCUGGCGCAAGGCCGACGUCUGGAGCGUCGGGUGCACGGUCAUCGAGAUGUCGACGGGCCGGCCGCCCUGGAGCCAGUACUCGAACCCCGUCACGGCCAUGUACCACAUCGCCUGCGUCGAGGAGCUCCCGGACAUGCCGCCGAACCUGUCCGACGACGGCAUCCAGUUCCUAUGGCUCUGCUUCCAGCGCGAGCCGCGGCUCCGGCCCGAGGUCACGGCGCUCCUCCUCCAGGGCUUCGUGUCC